AUGUUAUUCAUACCCAAGAAGAAAGACGGAAGUAUCGAGCUACGCACCGUGUUAGACAAGCGCAAACAAAACGCGAAUACGGUGAAAAUGGCAUCACCAUUGCCGUUACCCAAAGAUAUCCUCGCCAAAGACGCUUACGAGCAAAUUCGGGUGGUACCCAAAGACGUGCAUAAGACGUUGUUCCACACGCCUAUGGGGACUAUGGUUAGUCACGUAAUGCAGCAGGGGGACUGUAACGCGGGCGCAACAUACCAAGCGCUGAUGAACCACAUUUUCGCGCCGUAUAUAGGAGUAUUUAUGUUCGUGUACCUAGACGACAUAGUGAUAUUCUCAGAUACGAUAGAAGAACACGUUAAACAUAUUUGUACCAUAUUGGGGGUGCUCAAGCGCAAGAGACUCUUCCUGAGUCCGAGUAAGAUGCAGUUCUUUGCGGAAGAAUUGCGUAUACUGGGGCAUAUAGUCGACGAGAAGGGGAUCAGAAUGGACCCGCAUAAAGUUGACUCGGUGUCCAAGUGGAAGACGCCUGAAUCAAAAGAACAAUUAGCUAGCUUUCUAGGUGCGGUUGGAUACCUAGCACCGAACUGUCCAGGUAUUUGCAUACCGAUGGCGCCGUUGGCUAAGAGAGCGAGUGGCAACACACCAUUCAGAUGGGGAGGCACCAAGGAACGUGCCUUCCGUGACACGAUUAAACUGGUGGAAGAAUUCCGUGAUAGACAUCGCGUGGCGCUCAAAUACGGCAAGAACGAGUCACCCAUAUACCUAAUUACAGACGCUAGCUUGACAGGGGCGAGUGGACUAGUAAGCCAAGGCAAAGAGUGGCAAACGGCGCAAGUAGCCGCGUUCUGGUCCGCCAAGUUCACCACGGCUCAACAGAACUACUCAGUCACGGACCGGGAAGCGUUAGCUGUGGUGUGUUCAUUGGAUAAAUUCGGACCGUUACUACAUGGGGUAGAGUUUACAAUACUCAGCGAUCACAAGGCACUGGAGUACCUACAGACUCAGAAGGAUCUUAACCCGCAACAAAUACGAAUGUCAGAGAAACUGAGUCAGUUCAAUUGCACAAUUAAAUACAUUGAGGGAUCAAAAAACGUCCUUGCGGACGCCCUAUCGCAAAUGUAUAGUGAGGAUAGGAAAGGCACAGAGCGUGCGGAGAGCAAGUUUGUACCAGACUACGAGGAGGGAGACAACAUACGGGACGCACGCGCGCGUAACCAAUCAGUGACCCGACCAGUAGUAACUGGAAUGGCGGCCAAGGUGGCAAGUGAGAGCCAGACCACGUCGGCAGGCGUCCAACAGAACCCGGAGCGCAAAAGAGUGGCCCCGGUUCGCUACGACCCGGAAAUACCGGGAAGAGCGGGGCAAAGGAUCAGGGCACCACGUAACCAAGGAAAUGAGCGCGUGAAAGAAAAUUGGAACCCCAACAUACGUGAUGAAUUUGUUGGGGAACAAAUUGCGGAAGAGGACUCAAGAGAAACUGAGCCCAACAAAAGAGAAGAGACCUCACCAACAAGCGCUGAGCUGGAGGGCGGGAGUCGGGCGGACAACGAACAAGACAAGUGGGACCCGUUAGACCGCUCAGAUCACCGACAGAUCAUGACGCUGGUGAAAGAGUUAGACGUGAAUGAGGCGAUAGCGAACGGCUACCAGAGUGACAAGGAUUACGCAAGAAUAGUGAAUGAACCAUCGCGUUUCGCUCAAUUCAAGCUACGCGACAAUUUACUAUAUUUCACAGAACACGGUAGGACGCACUACUCCCCCCACGCCGUUUUCACCAUUCCCUCUACCCGCUCUGGAGUCCCACACCCAUACUCCCGUCCCUCUAGCCGAUCCUCCCGUCGUUCCAUUCCAUCCCAUUCCCAACCACCCUCUUGCAGCGCAUCUCCCACUCCGCGAGACUUGCCAAGGAUGGAACCGGAACCGUCCCUUACCGCUCUCCUCGAGGCUGUCACAGCCCUCACAGCCACUGUCGGGUCCCUGCAGGCCCAAAUCCAAUCUCAAGGCCAGCAGCUCAUUGAGCUUAAAGCCAUAUGCAAGGAGACCGCCGACUUACUUGGCGACAAGGAUCAAGGAGGACCCCAAGUCCAAGCCCAGCCUGGCCCAUCGACUGGGCCUGUCACUCCCCCUACACAUACAGGGGGAGAAGCGCACACUCCAGGAACGGUUAGGCCUGGACUCAAGGCCCCCUUCCGCCCAUCAAGAGGAACGGGCUUUGACUCAGAAGAAGAGGAAGAACCCAGGCGGGCCCCUAAGAGAGAGCCUGGCGACACGCCUAAGCGGAGCCUCAGCUCCCUUACCCCCUUCGACUCAGGGUCUAGCGUGAAGCAACCCAAGAUGGAGCUCCCCGAUCCAUACAAAGGGGACUCCAGGGGAAGAAAGGCAACCCAGUGGCUGGAUUGCAUGCUGCUGUGGGUCGCACUUCAUUGA